AUGCCCUUGGUCCAGGAUGCUCCUCAGCCCACCCCUAAUACAAAGGCUCCAAAGCGCAGCUUUCAAGAAAUGUUCGACGCAAGUUGCUGCAUAGUUGACCCAAAUGAUUAUGGAAUUGACUUCACCGAGAAGCUCCCUGAAACCACCACCUUCCUAUCUACACCUCAGCCAACGGACAAACUAGUGGAAACCCAUAAGAAACUGAAGAGACUGGCUGAGCUUAUCAAAGAAGGCAAGAGCCUUGCCAUCCACACUAACUACGCAAAGGCUCCCCAGAAAGAGCGCGACCCCAUCGACGAGGCGAAGAAAAGAAUGCGUUCAACUGAGAUCGAGCAGUAUAAUGCCUGGGUCGCUGGUGCCGUCAUGCCCACUGUCGAUUGGGAAAAGAGCAACAAAAUCGUUGAACUUUCCAAGGCCGAAAGGUCUCACUUCAAGCAGCAAGUUCAUGCCAUUCGAGAGAUCUACCAUAACCCGCACAUCACUCGCAAGAACGCACACUGGUUCAUGGCUAACUUUCGCUAUGUGAUGCCUCUUAUUGAGGCAGUCGCGAUGGUACGGCGUGUGCGGUGGGAGUAUGUCUGCGACCAAGGAGGCCCCAGCCGGAUGGAGCUGGCGGAUCAAGAACUCACCAAGAUGGAGCUGGCGGAAUUGGAAACAGCUCGCAGUAUCAUCCGGGUUACCAUUGAUACCCUGCAGAAGAGACAACGCCGGUUGCAGUUGGAUGCUACUCUGAGGGAGAAACAUUUAAGCUUGGAAACGGUGAUGGAGCUCACUGGUGCAGAUUGUGAGGUUAUUCAGAAACGUGUCGACAGGAUCCAUGAGAGCGCUGUGCGAGACAAGGGGAUGGAGUGUUCCAAGGCCAAGGAAUAG